GAAGUCGAUAAAUAUGGGCUGCUCUUCGCCCGAACCCGUGGCACUCAUCCCCGCUGGGCCGAUUCGUAACAAUAAAAGCCCGUCUAUUUUUGGGAUCGUCGUGCAGAAUACGCAGAUUGCUUACGUUGGAAGCACAUGAUCGCCCCAUCCAGCUCCACUUGAAUCACCAUUUCUGACUUCGGACACGGAUUGCAUACACCGCUCCGGAAUUGUUUUCGCAGUUUGUUCUCAUGGUUCCUUUGCGGAGAGUAACGAGCAAAUGGCGCUCGAGGUAGGUUCUGCGGUCGGAGGAAUUGAAUUCGCGGAUCCGGCUGGUUUUCCCCGAAGAAUCACCACCAGAUCCUGUCCGUCUCUGUCACCACUAAUCUGAUCUCUUAGAUCUCUCUCAGCGAAAAGAAACCCUAGGAUCAAUGGCAGGAGCGGCCUCCGCACUCUUCCUUCUCGAUAUCAAAGGCCGCGUAUUGGUGUGGCGUGACUACCGCGGGGACGUCUCAGCUGUUCAGGCUGAGCGCUUCUUCACCAAGCUUAUCGAGAAAGAGGGUGAUCCGGAGGCUCACGAUCCUGUUGUGUAUGAUAAUGGCGUUACAUACAUGUUUAUACAGCAUAAUAACGUUUAUGUGAUGACAGCAGCGAGGCAGAACUGCAAUGCGGCAAGCCUUCUUUUAUUUCUACAUCGUGUAGUUGAUGUCUUUAAGCAUUACUUUGAAGAGUUAGAAGAGGAAUCACUUAGGGAUAAUUUUGUUGUAGUGUAUGAGUUGCUUGACGAGAUGAUGGACUUUGGUUACCCUCAGUAUACCGAAGCAAAGAUUCUCAGUGAAUUUAUCAAGACCGAUGCUUACAGGAUGGAAGUUACACAGAGGCCUCCGAUGGCUGUAACUAAUGCAGUGUCUUGGCGCAGUGAAGGGAUACGUUACAAGAAGAAUGAAGUAUUUUUGGAUGUGGUGGAGAGUGUUAAUAUACUUGUCAACAGCAAUGGACAAAUCAUUAGGUCAGAUGUUGUUGGGGCAUUAAAGAUGCGAACAUAUUUGAGUGGGAUGCCUGAGUGUAAGCUUGGCUUAAAUGAUAGAGUAUUGUUGGAGGCUCAGGGUCGAACUACAAAGGGAAAAGCUAUAGAUCUGGAUGACAUCAAGUUUCAUCAGUGUGUCCGUUUGGCCCGAUUUGAAAAUGACCGGACAAUAUCUUUCAUUCCUCCUGAUGGAUCUUUUGAUUUGAUGACAUAUCGACUCAGUACUCAGGUGAAGCCUCUUGUCUGGGUGGAAGCACAGGUAGAAAGGCAUUCAAGAAGCCGCAUUGAGAUAAUGGUGAAAGCUCGGAGCCAGUUCAAGGAGCGCAGCACUGCAACAAAUGUUGAAAUUGAGAUGCCUGUGCCAUCUGAUGCCACCAAUCCAAAUAUUCGAACAUCAAUGGGAUCUGCUUCAUAUGCACCAGAAAAUGAUGCUCUAAUGUGGAAAAUAAAAUCUUUUCCCGGUGGAAAGGAGUAUAUGUUAAGGGCAGAGUUUAGCCUUCCAAGUAUAACAGCUGAAGAAGCAGCUCCUGAGAGAAAAGCUCCCAUACGCGUGAAAUUUGAGAUACCAUAUUUUACUGUUUCAGGGAUACAGGUUCGUUACUUGAAGAUCAUUGAAAAAAGUGGCUAUCAAGCUCUUCCAUGGGUGAGAUACAUAACAAUGGCUGGCGAGUAUGAACUAAGACUCACAUGAAAGAUGCUUAAUCUCUUAUUUUUUGCAUUUCCUCCAAGUGCUUUUUUUUAUGGGCUCAGAGCAUCUGGUUCUCAAAAUUUUGGAUAAAACCAAGAGACUCGAGGAUAAGUGAAUUGUGUAGAAAAACAGGCUGUGGUGGAAGUUGGUGGUUUUGGCCCUUGUCUGCAUCAUCAAUGUUUUAUCUGGCAGAGUUUUGUAACAGUUGAUGGCUCCAGAGGGUUUACUCUCAUCCCAUCUUUGUUUGUGCAAUUUGAGUCAUUUGUUGUGAGUUGAAAAAUUGACUGUUAUAUUCUAUUUGAGCCCCAUAGUCUACUUAGAAAAACAGUUGGCAAUUAAAAAAAAAAAAAGAAAUUCAGUUUCACUGUAUUUUAAGUCAUUACUCUUCAAUUUUUAUCCAUCAUUUUAUUGUUUGGUGUAUAUUUCCCCACCAAAA